GUGUGUCGUGUUCUAGCAGUAAAAGCACGCAGCAAUAACAAGGCAAGCCUCAGCCAGUCAGUGGCCUGUUGUCGGCUCACGUUGUUCGCCGGCUGCCUUCUGGCUUCAAGUCCUAACAGAACAAAGACGCGAUGGGCUCUUUAACCCCACUGAAGGCCACCUUGAACUGAGGAUUUUCAUCACACAGAGCAGCACUUACAUGCUGUGUCCGGCUGUCCUUUUUUUGUUGACAUUAUUCCAAUGGGACAUUUGCCGCAAAUCAGGAUGUUAAAUAGUUUCCGAGACUGAUGGAACAAUGGAACUAUUUAAUACUUUGCCCCAUGAGGGCAACAUUAAGAUGAUGCUCUGCAGUCCGAGGAGGAGCUCCAUCCCACAGUCGCCCAUAUGAAGACAUUGUGUUGACACCAGAUAAGGGCCACUUAAGGCCACUUCUGCUCAACUCGUCGAACUAACAAUCCAGAAGACCUCACUCAUACGUGUCUUCAACAUGGAGCUGUUCUUCAACCCCUUUGACAGCUUGGUGUGUAUCCUCCUGGGGAUCUCUUUCACCGUGUGGUUCACGUUGCUGCUUGUCUUCAUCAUCGUGCCCGCCAUCUUUGGAGUCUCCUUUGGCAUCCGACGCCUCUACAUGAAAUCAUUGUUGAAGCUUUUUGAGUGGGCGACACUGAGGCUAGAGAGAGGAGCCAAAGAAAAGAAUCAUCCCUUGCACAAACCCUACUCAAAUGCAAUCAUUGCAAAAGAGCCCACUUCUUUGGAAGAAGAGAUCAAGGAGAUUCGGCGCAGUGGCAGCAACAGAGACUUGGACUCAGCCACUGAGUUCGAGAUGUCCGAUAUUUUUUACUUUGCUCGGAGAGGGGUGGAGAGCAUCAUGGACGACGAGGUGACCAAGCGGUUCUCUGCAGAGGAGUUGGAGUCUUGGAAUCUGCUGACACGCAGCAACUACAACUUCCAGUACAUCAGCCUGAGGCUGACAGUCCUUUGGGGACUCGGCCUCCUGAUCCGCUAUGGUUUCCUGCUACCUCUCAGGGUAACCCUUGCCUUCACUGGUGUUGGCUUGCUGGUAUUCCUCACCUCUGUUAUAGGCUUAUUGCCCAAUGGAAGGAUAAAAAGCGUCCUGAGUGAAAAGGUUCAUCUCAUGUGCAACAGAAUAUGUGUCAGAGCUCUGACCGCCAUCAUAACAUACCACGACAGUGAGAAUAAACCCAAAAACGGAGGAAUAUGUGUUGCCAACCACACGUCACCUAUUGAUGUCAUCAUUUUGGCCAGUGAUGGCUGCUACGCCAUGGUGGGCCAAAUUCACAGAGGCCUGAUGGGAGUCAUUCAGAGAUCCAUGGUGAAGGCCUGCCCACACAUUUGGUUUGAGCGCUCAGAAGUCAAAGACAGACAUCUAGUGGCCAAAAGGUUGAGUGACCAUGCGCAAGAUAAAUCUAAACUUCCCAUUCUCAUUUUCCCAGAAGGUACAUGCAUUAACAACACAUCAGUAAUGAUGUUUAAGAAAGGCAGCUUUGAAAUUGGAGCCACAGUUUACCCUGUAGCCAUCAAGUAUGAUCCCAGAUUUGGAGACGCCUUCUGGAAUAGCAGCAAGUUUGGAAUGGUCAACUACCUGUUACGCAUGAUGAGCAGCUGGGCCAUUGUCUGUAGUGUGUGGUACCUUCCUCCCAUGUCCAGAGAAGAAGGGGAGGAUGCUGUACAGUUUGCCAAUCGAGUCAAAGCAGCCAUUGCCAGGCAAGGAGGACUAGUAGACCUCUUAUGGGAUGGAGGGUUAAAGAGAGGGAAGGUAAAAGAUACAUUUAAAGAAGAGCAGCAGAAGCUCUACAGUAAAAUGCUGGUGGGAACCCAAGAGGACCGAAGUCGCUCAUGAAGGAUUUGUGAGGAGGCGGACCGGCUCAAAAACCCUCACAGGGAAGCGCUGACUGCAAAUGAAGUCAGCUGUGCACCCUCUACACUCGGGGCUCUUGGACUGUAAAACCCCCUCAGCAUCACAGAGGCGUGUGCAGUUUGCAGCGUUGUUUGGGUCCUUCUUAGCCUGCUGCCCAUUGGGAGUUAAAACCAGGCAGGUAUUGUUCACCUUAGAAUGGGGAAACAUUGCUCUGAGAUGGAGCCCGGUCUUCCUUGUGUUUGAGGAAAACACUUACAAUAUAGCUGUCUUUGAGUACCGGUCUUUCUGUUUUGUAAUUUUCUUUUUUCAUGUUAAUUUUGCAAAGUUGGGUUUUCCUGGGUAUAUAACAGAUGAGUUCUAGACUAUAAAACAAAACAAUUGGAGGGUUUUGCAUGACUUGCCAGACUUUGUUACAUUUAAAAGUAUUUUUAUGAGUGUUUUUCCAAGAAACAGUCUUGUAUUUUAAGCUUAGCGUUUUACAUGAAGGCUUACAACAGCAGCAAUUAGUUUUAUAGAUGAACUCCUGUCUAUUUUCUUUUUCCCAUGGAAUGUGUAAAUGCUGACACAUUAUGAAGUGGAAACUGCACUUGUUUCAGCUAAUGACGUAUCCCGAGUCAAAGAAUACACAAGUUGAGGUAUUUUUGGCUAAGCUAUUCACACUUGCAGGUAAUCAGGGCAAUUUAAACAAUUACCGUACAAUUGUUCUCCUCACAAAAACAUAAUUAGAAUAAUAGCAAGCCGUUAACGUUCACUAACACACUCCCUAACAGAUUCUAAUGCCUAUUUGCUGUAACGGCGACUUUAUCUUAUUUAUUAUAAGUGAACUCCAAGGGCAUAUUGUCUUGAUUUCCCUUGCUUUGGUGAUCUUUGUCUUACUUGGCAGCCUCUUCAAAAAGAGUGUAUUUUGGCUUCCAUCAGGCUGGAGCCAGUCAAAAAUGGUUGCUUCAAACAUUGUUCAUCAAAAUAAAACCUUCAAGAAUGA